UGAGCGCGGCCGGAAGUUCCCCAGGCGCUGUCCUGAGAACUACAGUUCCCAGAAGGCAGUGCGGAGGAAGAGCAUUAGUAGAAGAGGACUUCCGGACGCUGAUGCGGACCUUAACGCGACGCUCAGAGCGACCAUGACGAAGUUAACCCAGUGGCUUUGGGGACUGGCGCUCCUGGGCUCUGCCUGGGCUGCCCUGACCAUGGGAGCUCUGGGCCUGGAGCUACCUUUCCCUUGCCAGGAAGUCCUGUGGCCACUGCCUGCCUACCUGCUGGUGUCCGCUGGCUGCUACGCCCUGGGCACUGUGGGCUAUCGCGUGGCCACCUUUCACGACUGCGAGGACGCCGCCCGAGAGUUGCAGAGCCAGAUCCUGGAGGCCCGAGCGGAUUUAGCCCGCAGGGGGCUACGCUUCUGACACCGUCACCCAUUCCGUCCGCACAUCCUUCCACGUUCCCCAUUAAAGUGCAGUUUUUCGUUUCUA